AUGGCAGCAGCACUAACCAACAGUAAUCUCACUACAGAUGAGUCUGCUCUUCUUGCUCUCAAAGCUCAUAUCACCAGUGAUCCUCAUAACAUGAUCUCCACCAACUGGUCAACCACCACCCCUGUUUGCAACUGGGUUGGUGUUACUUGUGGUGCACGCCACUUUAGAGUGGCAGUCUUGAACCUCUCUUAUAUGGGACUCACGAGCACCAUUCCUCCGGAGCUUGGUAACCUAUCGUUCCUUGUUGCGCUAAGCUUGAGAAAUAACAGUUUUCAUGGUACCUUGCCUUUGGAAUUGGGUCGUUUGCGCCGAUUGAAGCUCAUCAGUUUCAGAUUCAACAAUUUUAUGGGAGCCAUUCCAUCAUGGUUUGGGUCCUUAUCCAAACUUGAAACCUUCGAUUUGUAUGGUAAUCGAUUUUCAGGCUCCAUACCUGCUGCCAUCUUCAACUUAACAGCUCUCCAAGUAAUCAACCUGAGCUAUAACCAGCUAUCAGGUAGCAUACCAAGAGAAAUUGGAAACCUAACAAAGUUGAAGGAGAUAUACCUUGAUAGAAAUAAUUUCAAAGAAAUUCCAAACGAGAUUGGAGCCUUGAAUCAACUGGAGAGGUUGUUUGUGCAGUUCAAUGCCUUAGAAGGGCAUGUUCCUCUCGCUGUCUUCAACAUGUCUUCUUUGAUUACUAUGACUUUCUAUAGAAACAGUUUGAAUGGUAGUCUUCCAGAGAAUAUAUAUCAACAUCUUCCGAGCAUUCAACAGUUGGAUUUGGCUCAGAACCAGAUUGAUGGUCCAAUUCCAUCCAAUAUUGGCAACUUAACCCAGAUAAGGAUGAUUGACCUUGGGUGGAACUAUUUGACAGGUUAG